AUGGCCGAUGAUGCUCGACAUCAAUUUGUGCUCCAGGAAGCUGCUGUGCAGAAAGGAUCACUCAUGGAACGCUUGUUGGAAAAAUGUCAAUCCCUCAAAGCAGCAAUAGACGCGAGAAACGCAACAAUCAACAAGCAAUUGGCUGAUACGCUCGGAGAUAUUCAAUUACUUGCUAAGUUUGUUCACGACACAAAAACGAUGGUGGACACCACUAACGACCGUGAAUCUUCACUUGGUAAGUUGCCGGAACAAAUUAAGACGAAGCUUGAGGUCCUUAAAACCCAACCAAAGAAGCCAGAAGAACCAAAAGUGAUAAAUAACCCAGAAAAUUCUCUUGGGAAUUUCGUGGAGCUAGUGGCGGGUCAGAAACAGCAGGGUCCAGAUCGUGUUGACAACCAGAGUCAGCAGACGGGAACGACGAUCCAACACAACAAAGACUAUCUCAUAUCCAAAGCAUUGACAAAGCCCUUUGCUGGCCCUGAACCAAGUAGAAACUUCAAUAUCUCUCUAUAG